GUGCGCAAAAUCGGCGCUCAAUCUUUACGCACGAUCCCAACUUCGACCAUCGAAGGAGGAAACAGGAGAGAGAAAAAGAGAGGCAGUUAGUAUUCUGUUGCCAGUUGGAUUUUGGUCAUUUGUUUUCAUUUUUUGGGGGGUAGAAAUUUUGAAAUCAUGUCAGCGGUGAGCUCAAUGUCAUUCCCGAAGCCGCUCCACAUACGCUCUCCGGUGGCGCGGGGACGUCGACACACUCUUCCUGCAAGCGAGUUCCGCUCCCUCAGCCCGGAGGACGCCAUCAGCGUGUUUGAGAUCGAGAGAGAAGCAUUCAUCUCAGUGUCUGGCGAGUGUCCACUCCUGCUGGACGAGGUGCGUCACUUCCUCACACUGUGUCCCGAGCUGUCACUGGGCUGGUUCGAGGAGGGACGGCUGGUGGCUUUCAUUAUCGGCUCACUGUGGGACGGUGAGAGACUUACCAUGGACGCCCUGACUCUCCACAAGCCUCAUGGCAUGACGGUCCACAUCCACGUCUUGGCUGUGCAUCGCACAUUCCGGCAACAGGGCAAAGGUUCCAUCCUAAUGUGGCGCUACCUGCAGUAUCUCCGCUGUUUGCCGUACGUCCGGCGAGCUGUUCUCAUGUGUGAAGACUUCCUGGUUCCCUUCUAUCAGAAGUCCGGCUUCAAAGUGCAAGGCCCCAGUGAGAUCACCGUGGGGCCGCUCACCUUUAUCGAAAUGUUCUACCCAGUCAGGGGUCACGCCUAUAUGCGUCGUAAUAGUGGAUAUUGAGAAAAGAAGGACUUGACUUGGUUUUUCUCAGGAUGCAUGCCAGUGGCAGGCCCCUGGUUGGAAAAGGGACACUUUGAGCUGACGUCAGGUUGAGUGACAAAGCGAUGGAAUUGAUCACACUGCCUUCAAAGAGGAAUGAACAUUGGACAUCAAUGUAAUUACAAUGAAAAAAACAACCCAAAAAGCUAGUUUAAUGCUAAUUGGCAACACUGUAAAAGGCUUCAUACUGUGUUUUUGCGAUGUUCAAGGAGGCUGGUCAGCGGUUUGAAUCUCAGCUGUAGCUAUCAAAGCGUCCUUGGGCAAGACACCCAAUCCAGAUAUUGCCUCUUGGUUGGCUUAAAUCAGAAACUGUUCUCAGUUGCCUCACCUGCUUAAACAAAGGAUUUAUUGUUUUUAUAUGGUUUGAUAAAUGCUGGACAUUAUCAGUCUUUUACUGUUGACAAACUUACUUCUGUCCAUAUAGUCUGUGGUCACUAAACUCAAAAUGGUGCUGGCAAACACGGUCAUUAAAAAAAAAAAAAAAAAAAAAAAAAGCACAUUAGUCGACAUGAACUCCAUCGCUUAAUGUAACUUCAUUUUCUAAUCAACACUUUUGACAUCUUGCCUUCUCCGUUAAAUAUAUGAAUCACUCGUGCCUGCUGAAGUCUUGAAUCAAGACAAAUGUGUUUUAAAUGCAGUUGUCAUGUUUUGCUCUCAUGAUAAUAAAGGAUAUAUUUUCGA